AUGUAUUUACAAAACGAAUUAAAAGAAUUCAAUAAAGAGAAUUUAAUGAAUAUUUCAUCUGAAAAUAUUUCAGUAGCUAACAAUUUAAUUAAAUUAAAUAAAGAUUAUAGUCGACUCAAAAAACGUUCAUAUUAUUUUAGAUCCAACCCUCCUAAACGUGAACCAAAAUAUGCUCAAGAUUCUUUAACUUCAUAUGGACUAAAAUUAUUUUAUUUAUCAAAUGAUAUCAUUGAAGAUCUUAAAUCACUUAGGAGAAAACAAUUCAAAAAUUUUAAUUUAUCUUAUAAUAUAAAUAUUAAUGAGAAUUUAAUUAGUGACAUUACUGAUUUCAUAAAUAAAUUAAAAUUUUUCGGAAAAAGCAUAUUAUCCAAAAAUAAUCACAAUAUAAUUAUUGCAAUGAACCACUGUCUUAAUAUAAUCUCUACAAAUGAAACUUUCUGGUUAAUGUAUAAAUUAAUAGAACUAUUAUCACGCUAUGUAAUUAUAUUAUUAGAUGAAGAAAAUCCAAUUCACAUUGAGAAUUUAAAAUAUAUAAUCAAAUAUAUUACUAUUUGGAAUAAAUCACAUACUAAAACAAUUGAGAAAACAAAUAAAAUGCACGAGAGAAAUUUCAAUUCAAAAACAAAAUAUAUUCAUGAAAACAUCAAAGAUGAAUUAGAAGAAUAUGAAAGUAAUGAACUGGAAUUAGAAGAUAAUAACGAAGAAGAAAUGUUACAAAACGAGGCUCAAAUAGAAGAAGACGAAAACAAUGAAAUGGAAUUUGAAGACUCUAGUGAUACAGAGUAUGAAGAUCCAUCAUCAAUUUACAGAGUCACUGAGGGUAUAAACAAUUAUUGGAGUUUCCAUUUCCAAGAAGACCAUUCAUCUCUUAAAGAUUUGAAUGGUUUUAACUUUUAA